CUUAACUUCCUAUUCAAUCUCUCUCUCUCUCUCUCUCUCUCUCCUCUCUCUUUCUUGCUGGCAUUCCAUUAUUUCUUCACCCUAGAAGGAUUCCACUUUCACCCCACCCAUUUGACUUGCGGGUUUCUUAACAAUUUUAAAAAGUUAACCACAUGUCUUUAUCAAAGGUCUGCCUUUUGAUCCAGCGUCUGGUCCCCUGUAUAUAAGUUUUGUGUAAAGUUUCAUGGUAGUUUUGGGUUUGAUAUAGACUGGGCUUUGCAUGCAGAAAGAUGGGUUUUCCCAUGGGAGAGAAAAUGGUGAAAUUCAUGAGAGAGAAAUGGUGAUUUCUUCUGUUGAAUCCUGCAAAUUUGGUGAGUAACUUGUACUCUGAUACUCUCUCUAUUUAAAUGAAAUUGAGCUGUUUUCUUUUUUUUUGGCUGAGGAAGAGAGAAGGUGUUCUGGGUUUUCUCUCCUGUCAUUUAGAUUUUCUUGAGAAAAUUGAAUUGGUUAGUCUGUAACCUCAGAGAAGAGAGAUGUAAUGGGUUCUCUUUCCUCUCUAGAAAAGGAAGAGAAAACCUUACUGAGUGUUAUUAUGUUACCUGUUUCUGUAUAUUUAGUUGGUUUCUCUCUAUAAGAACAAAAAGAAGAAACUUGAGCUCUUUUCUACUGGAGCAAAAGAAGACCAGGCACGAAUUGAGGGUCUCUACUAUAAAAGAGAACUAGAGAGAGAAGAUGAAAAACAAGAACUGGGUUUUCUCCAUCUAGCAAAAAAUUUAGAGAGAGAAGAUGAAAAACAAGAACUGGGGUUUCUCCAUCUAGGAAAAGAUUUAGAGAGAGAAAAUGGAUCAGGCCUCUUCUCCAUUUGUGCAAACAUUUCCUCCCCCACUAAUGGGAGACUAUUCCCCAUCUAGUGGAGAUAGCAGAAUAAGCCCAAGCAUCUUAUUAAUCAUCAUAAUCCUUUCUAUAAUCUUUUUCAUCUCUGGUAUUCUGCAUCUUCUGGUUAGGUUUUUUAUUAGACCACAAACCAGAGAACCAGAUGAUUUAGAAAAUGUGACUGCUUUUCAAGGUCAGUUGCAGCAACUAUUCCAUCUCCAUGAUGCAGGAGUUGAUCAAUCUUUUAUAGACACUCUUCCUGUUUUCUUUUACAAAGCCAUUAUAGGCCUCAAAAACCCUUUUGAUUGUGCAGUUUGUCUCUGUGAAUUUGAAGCAGAGGACAAGCUAAGAUUGUUGCCAAAGUGUAGCCAUGCCUUUCAUCUACAGUGCAUAGAUACAUGGUUGCUUUCUCACUCUACAUGUCCACUUUGUAGAGGAAGUCUUCUCCCUGAUUUCUCUGCGCCUAAUUGCUCGCCCGUUGUUCUGGUUCUUGAGUCAGGGAGUGAGAGCUCUAGAGAGAUGGUGAAUCUAGAGAGAGGAGUCGGGCAGGUGGGAAUCAAUGCUUCACAAGUGGGUUUAUCAGGGGAGGAUGGGUUCGGGUCCUCGAGGACCGAAAAUUCACGAAAACCAGGUGAAAUUGGAGAUGGGUUUUUGGAAAGAGAAGAGGUGAAGAGCUCCGAGAUGAAAGUGGUGCCUGUGAAGCUCGGAAAGUUCAGAAAUGUCGUUCCGACUGUGGGGGGAGAGAGUAGUCGCAGUGUAGAGAGAAGGUGUUACUCAAUGGGUUCCUUUGAAUAUGUUCUUGACAAUUCCUCUCUCCUCAAGGUAGAGAUUCAACCAUCCACCAGAAAACAAAGGAAUAAGAAACAAAGUCUUCCUCCAUUAACACCAGGUCAUAGGCUUGCUAUGUCAGACUGUGGAAACUCAAGGAGGGAAGGAUUUCGGGGCUUCGAGAGCAAAAGAGGCGAAAUUCAGAGUGAGAAGAGAGAGAAUUUCGAGAUUCAAAAGGAGAAGAGAGAGAGUUUCUCGGUUUCUAAGAUAUGGUUGCGAUCGAAGAGAGACAGUUCCUCGAAUGUGGAGUCAUCGAGACGAGCUUUCUCAUUCAGAUUGCCAUUACAAAGAGGUGAGGGCUCGAAAGUGAAGAGUUCUUCGAAUGUGGAGUCGUCGAGAAGAGCUUCCUCAUUCAGAUUGCCAUUACAGAGAGGUGAGGACUCGAAAGUAAAGCACGGCAGUAACAGGGGAAGCUUUACAGAGACAGAGUUUACAGAGUGGGAAAACCAUGAUGAGAUGUGCUCUUCUUAUCAGAUGAGCGAGAUUGGAUGGGAAGAAGAGGUGGGGAGUUGCAGAAGCAUGGAGUCUUCUCUCUCUAAACCUUCAUUUGCAAAGACAACUUUGAAUUGGCUUGUUGGGAGACGGAACAAAGUGGUACAUUCCUCUCCUAUGCCCCCUGUUUGAGUAAUUGAGUAUGAAUUCCAUGGCUUUUAGAGAGAGAGAGAAAGAGGAAGCAGAGAGAGAGACUCAAAUCCCUGUUUGAAGAUCUUGGGUCAUGAAUUUUGUGAUUCUAGAGCGAGAAAAAUCAGAAAAGUAGCAAAAGGACCGCGCCCCAGUUCGAAAAUCUUCAUUUGUGAAUCUCUCUUAGGACUCUAGAGUGAGAAAGAGGAAAAACCUAAAUUCAAGCUACUGAAUCAAUGUAAACCAUCAAAAUGUGCAGGUCCUUACAUAGAGGUCAGAUGAAGAAAAGCAACAAAAGAAUCAUCCAUUGUUGUUUGUAAAUCUCUGCUUUUUUUUUUCCCACAUAUUUUUAUGUUCAAGAUUAUUUGUUCUUCUCUUCUUCGGCAACAUUAUUUGUUCUUCUCUGUUUGAGUAACAUUAUUCGUUCUUUCCAAAGAUGUUUGAAUU